AUGCUCUACAGAGACAUUUGCACUGCCGAAGACCAACCACACUCCGUCGCCAUCAGCCCAACGAGGCAAUGUGUCGCGUUUGGUUGCAAGUCCGGUGUAGAGCUCUAUUGGGUCGACCCAACAACCGCUCAAAACCUCAACCGGUGGUUCCGCCUCAACAAAUCCGCCGACAGCAUCUACUUCCUCCCGGCGCGGCGAAGCAAAGACACUCCGCUUCGACUACGCCUCAUAAGCAGCACCAGAUACGCCCCUUCGAUCAACAACGAAAGCACAGCCUGCACCUCCCUAAGCACGCCCCACGAUAGCUGGUUCACCCUCCGCGCCUCGUGGCAUCUCCCCUUACUACACGCGGGAAACCGACAGCGCUCAAGGUCAACCGAAUGGGGCGCCGCAGACCAUAGCAACGCCAUCCCCCUGAGCGACGGCCACCACAUCCUUUUCACCGAUAACGCGACUGGCACGCUUUGCUUAGGAAGCGAUACACUAGCGGGAAACGUACAACGACUGGCGCGGAAGAUCUUCUUCGACCCGCCUCCCCCUUUCGCAGGAGGAACUGGAGUCGAAACUCAUCGUAUUCCAACUCUGUACGCCGCUUCCCACGAUCUUACCCACGGCGUCCUCAUCGCCGCCAUCUACGGCGAAGAUCUGAUCAUGUACUCCGUCCCCAUCGACAUCCUACGAUACUCGACUGCCGAGCAAGAGGGCACAAUCGUCGACUCCACCGUCCCAUUCCAUGAACUAAAGGAGCUAUGCCUGUUAUCGCAUCCAGCGAGCAACGCCGCAGCACUACAGCAAAGCGACGAACUCCCGAAUCAAUCCGAGAACGAGAAGUUUGAGCGGCUGAAUAUGCUGUGGGUGCAUCACCUCCCUUCUCCCGGGGCCAGGGAGCGCGAGCGCACGUCGUUGGGGGAUGUUUGGCCUGUGAGGAUUAUGGGGAGGCGUAUCGGGAUGAGGAAGUGUGGCUAA